AUGCUGACAAUCCCAACAACUGCCGCUAUAUGGUUGGUGAUCUAUCCAAUCCAGCAAGGUUUCCUGAAGCCGCUUUCGGAAACCAAGGGAGCUGGUUGGGAUAUAUCCUCGGCAGAAAGGUAUUAUAUCAGCAUUGCCCAUAUCUCCGACAUUCCCGGCACUGCCAUCUAUACGAAUCGCGACACGGUCAAACUGCGAAAGCAAUUGGCAAUCUGGGAAGAGAAGAGCUGGGAGGAAGGCUGGGGGUUUGAGAACCUGGACAAGCUAUCGGAUCCUUUCAUCGCACAGCUGCCAUAUGGCUUCAGCACAGGCUUCAAGCAGGAAUACGCGCCACGAAUCAACACGAGUGUCUCGUACGAAAGCAUCGCCGUCGAAGACGCUCCGGAGGGCUGUUUUUCCCUGGAAGAUGACUCACGCUUCGUCAAGUAUCACUACGAAUAUGUGCAUCCAUUCCGGUCUUAUCAGAGCUGGAACCUCAGCACGUGCAUACCCAGCAGCGCUCUCAUAACUCCAAUCAAAGAGACGCGCGACCGCCAAGACUUCGACGAGGUCUUUUACCUUAACCUCACGCGUAGAGACGAGCUUGUAUAUGACACCGGCACUUUCAAAGUCUCCGCGCGGACGACAAUCGGCUACUUCGAGCUGCCCAGCUACGCAAACGGCAACCAACCGGGGCCCCUCCUGGACGUCUACCCCUGGAACGCCGAUGAGAAACCGCCCAAUUCCACCGCAGAAGACAGCCCCGGCGUGACCUACGAGCUCCUCGAAGACGUCCCGAACAAAGGGCCGCUCGCAACCAUCUACCUCGCACUCUUCGGCAACGGCUCGCUCCCAGACACCCUAAGCGACCCCUCCUACCUCACCUACCUCAACCGCAGCAGCACCAGCAGCGCCAACAUCAACUCCACCGCCACCACCCUCACCGAAGACCCCCCCUUCUCCUCCCUCGCCCCCUCCACCCCUCCCUCCGCCACCUACGCCCCGCGCAUCUGCCAGGACCUGGUCCCGCUCGGCACCCUCCUCGACGAAAACAGCUACACCGCCGCGCCGGUCCACUACUGCAUUGCGACCGACGAGGCGUCGCGCUCCGAGUGGCGCGGGCGCGUGCCCUUCAACCGCACCGUCGACCCGCCCUCCGACGUGCGCUCCUGGAUGGACGGCUUCUUCGUCGCCGAGGACCGCGUGCGCGCCGCGCUGACGGCCGCCGCGUUCAUGGCGGACGAGAUCUGGCUGACGGACCCGCAGGUCUACGGCACGCUGGCGGUCUCCGUCGACGAGGGCGUUGAUGUUGUGGCGCCGGUCAUGCCGUUGGCCGGGGUGAUCGUGGGGAGUCUGUUGCUGGGCGUGUUUCUGGGGGCGUUGUGGGUGCUGUUGGUUUUUGCGGCGCGGCAGAGAAGGGCGAGGUGGACGGGGACGCUGGAUGCGUGGGCGAUGCUGAGGAUGGGGGCGGGCGUGGGGGUGGGUGCGUUAGUGGCGGCAGGGACGGGGAAGGAGGAUGAUGUGCUAGAUGCGUUGCCGGGAUUUAUGGGGGAUGCGAGGCCGGAGGGAGAUGUGGGAAGGUUGGGGGUCGGGGCGGAGGCGGAGUUGAACUGGAAGAGAAAGUACGAGGCGGGCUUGUGGUCGGUGGGGACGGCGUGA